UGUACUGCCACUGAAAGCAGAGGAGUGAAAAAGAAAAAUUAAGUGUUGACAUUCAUCAUGAAGUACAGGACUGUAGUAAUGUACACCGAAAUUGGUUGCUUCGUCUCCUGCCUUUGUGGUUGGAUCCUUGUGUGCUCCACCCUUCCCACGGAGUACUGGACUUUCUCUGAGGUGGGCAGUAUUGUGCUGACCACCUCCAACUACUACUCAAACCUGUGGAGGGACUGCAUCUCAGACACCACCGGGGUGUCCGACUGCAAAGACUACCCCUCCAUGCUGGCUCUACCUGCGUUCCUGCACGCCUGCCGAGCUUUGGCAGUCUGUGCAGUCAUCACUGGCUUCUUUGGUGGCGUUCUCACCCUAAUUGGAAUGAAGUGCACCAAAAUAGGCGGAUCAGAAAUUGCAAAUGCAAGAGUGACCUUUGCGGGAGGAAUCACCUAUCUGGCUUCAGGCUUCUGUGGUAUGAUCACUUACUCGUGGUGGGCCAACAGAGUCAUCACAGAAUUUCUUGACCCCAAUUUCAGAGCUCAAAAAUUUGAGCUUGGAGCUGCAGUUUUCGUCGGCUGGGGAGGUUCUGUCCUCUUGCUCUCUGGUGGGACGGUGUUAAGUUACUUUUCUGGAAAAGAAGGCCUUCCAUCAAGUUCUUCAAACCGCCCACGGCGACCAGCCACUUACGCCACCGCCCGGACCCGAAAGUCCUACAUGCUGCCACCUACCUCCUCCAGGGUGACUCUGGGGCCACCGCUGUUUUAUGAGGGCAGGAAGAGUCGACAAAGCAGAGUUGCAACAAAGACGACCGCCACCUUCAGCAGGGAUGACUUUGUUUGAGUAAAAGUGUUUUUUAAAGCAAUGUUAUCCUGAUUUUUGACCAUUGAGAUUGGACAAAAAAAUUAAGUGUGUACUUCUAACAUAAACGUGUUGGAACUUACAAUACACCAUAAUAUUGAUUUAUAGUUUGUGUAUUGUUAUUGUGCUUGAUUUGGAAAUUACCUUAUUCACGCUUCCGAUUUGCUCAAAUAAUAUAGGUUACAGCCAUGGUUGCCAGAUGGUAAAGAGUCUCCAGUCCAGUCACUGCGUAAAACAUGGCCAGUUUGAUAAAAACCAACCUAAAUGACAACCGUGUUUUUCCAUACAACUUAUAUAUUUUAAUUAUAUAACCAAAAAACAAUUGAAUCAACAGUGGGAGACACUUUGUGGCGGAACUGCCACCACUCUGACCUUCGUGCCGUCCGAGUUGCGUGACAUCCGAGUUGCGCCAAACUGCGAGGGCCCAUUCAGUCCUGCUUGCAGGCCUAGUUUGAUAUUAACAAUCAACAGUGGAAGACACAUUGUCGAGAAAGCAUGCUGUUUCCCCAAUAAGCAUUAUGGGAGAUGUACACUGCUGGCCAAAAGUAUGGGCAACCCUGCAAUUCUGUCAGAUAGUGCUCAAUUUCUCCCAGAAAAUGAUUGCAAUUACAAACGCUUUGCUAAUAAUAUCUACAUUUAUUUUGCUUGCAAAGAAAAAACACAAAAGAGAAUGGGGGAAAAAAAUUAAAUCAUUGUCACUUUACACAAAACUCCAAAAAUUGACAGGACAAAAGUAUUGUCACCCUUUAAAAAAAAAAUCGUGUAAUGCUUCUCUAAUUUGUUUAAUUAACAGCACUUGUGACUAACCUCUAGCACAUAAGAGAGGGUGGCAAUAACUAAAUCACACUUGCAGCCAGUUAAAAUGGAUUAAAGUCGACUUAACCUCUGUCCUGUGUCCUGGUGUGUACCACAUUGGUCUUCUUUCUUGUCUCUAUGCUCAAAGAACUGUUUGAGGACUUGAGAAGCAAAACGGUGAGGAAGCAUGGGCAAUAUCAAGGCCACAAGUCCAUCUCCAAAGACCUGAAUGUUCCUGUGUCUACCGUGUGCAGUGUCAUCAAUAAGUGUAAAGCCCACGGCAGUGUGGCUAAACUCCCUAGAUGUGGACAGAAAAGAUAUUGACGAGAGAUUUCGACAAAAUAUUGUGCGGAAAGUGGAUAAAGAACCUUGACUAACAUCCAAACAAGUUCAAGCUGUCCUGCAGUCCGAGGGUACAACAGUGUCAACCCGUAUUACCCGUCGGCGUUUGAAUGAAAAGGGACUCUAUGGUAGGAUACCCAGGAAGACCCCACUUCUGACCCAGAGACAUAAAAAAAACCAAGCUGGAGUUUGCCAAAACUUUAUACCUGAGUAAGUAAAAAACGUUUUGGAAGAAUGUUCUCUGGUCAGAUGAGACAAAAGCAGAGUUUAUUAGGAGAAGGCAUCAAAAUAGAGUUAAGAGGAUAAAAAACGAGGUCUUCAAAGAAAAGAACACGGUCGCUACAGUCAAACAUGGCUGAGGUUCCCUGAUGUUUUGGGGUUGCUUUGCUACCUCUGGCACUAGACUGCUUGACCGUGUGCAUGGCAUUAUGAAGUCUGAAGACUACCAAAAAUUUUGCAACAUAAUGUAGGACCCUGUGUGAGAAAGCUGGGUCUCCCUCAGAGGUCAUGGGUCUUCUAGCAGGACAAUGACCCAAAACACUGUUCAAAAAGCACUAGAAAAUGGUUUGAGAGAAGCACUGGAGACAUUUAAAGUGGCCAGCAAUGAGUCCAGACCUGAAUCCCAUACAACACCUGUGGAGAGAUCUGAAAAUGGCAGUUUGGAGAAGGCACCCUUCAAAUCUCAGAGACCUGGAGCAGCUGGCCAAAGAACAAUGGUCUAAAAUUCCAGCAGGGCAUUGUAAGUCUCAUUGAUGGAUACCGAAAGCGGGUGUUCACAGUUAUUUUGUCUAAAGGUUGUGCUACCAAGUAUUGCGCAGAGGGUGCCAAUACUUUUGUCCGGCCCAUUUUGGGAGUUUUGUGUAAAAUGAUCAUGAUUUAAUUUUUUUUCCCAUUAUCUUUUGUGUUUGUUUUUAACUGCAAACAAAAUAAAUGAAGCUAGUACUACUAAAGCAUUUGUAAUUGCAAUCAUUUUCUGACAGAAAUUGAGCAUUAUCUGACAGAAUUGCAGGGUUGUGAAUACUGAUGGCCAGCAGUGUGUAUCGUGAACCCCCCAAAAAUCGCAACGUCAGGUUUUUCCUACAUCGUUCAGUGCUAACAGGAAGUGACUUGUAAAUGCCCCAAAAUCGACAAGAAGUGAUCCACAAAUCACCCAAAUUCAACAGAAAGUGACCCAAAAUCAUCAGGAAAUGAUGUGAAAUGCCCCAAAAUCAACUCCUUGGCUGCCUUUGACGACCAUAGUCCAAGCCGUUUGAAGUGGGAGGGUACAUUCGUUCUUUUGCUGCAAUCCCUCACACUUCUCAUGGAUUGGACAUCUAUAAAUUAUAAACCCAUUUCAACUCAUAGCAGAAGGUGAUAUAACGACUGUACAUAAAAAGCAACAGCAAAGUCAUGUAAUGUUUGUAAGAAUUUCUUUACAGACAUGAAUUCACCAAUUCUUCAAAAAAAAAAAAUGCAAUUCUUGCAAAAAUAUUUCUCUAUAGAAAAAUACAUAAAGGUUCAUUUUAACAAUGGAUUAUUAACAAGUGCUUGACAGAUUUAUUAGAUGAACACUAUUAUUUGCUUCAAUCAGGGGUGCCAAAACCGGUCCUGGUUUUUGUUGCUACCGAUCGAGGACACACCGUUUAACCAAUGAGGUUUUUGCUAAAACAAGCAGCACCUGACUACAAUCAACUGAUUAAACUUGUAGCACACCAGAUUGGUGCAAAGGUGUCGUCCUGUUUUGUUGGAAAGAAAUCCUGCACCCAGUACGGCUCGAUGUGGAAUAGUUUAAAGACCCCUGGCUUAAUGAUACCUGCCAUUGUUUUUUUUUUUUUUUUUUUUUUUUAAAAUACAGUGGUACCUUGACAUACGACAUUAAAGUUGAAUCGUCAUUUGUCUCGACAUAUUAAAUUUUUGAAAUACGAUGAUUUACGAUAGCGUCGCAAUUUCCCGCAAGACUGACGCAUGGUGGAUUUUCUUGUGAGAGAAAUCAACAUGGCUCCCAAGAAGGUUAGUGCAGGUGGUGAAAAAAAAAGGAGGAAAUGUGACGCUUAGUCGCUUACCAUUGAAGAUAGGAUUGAAAUGAUAGAAAAAUAUGAGCGUAGUGUGGGUGUUAAAAUCGAUAUUACUCGGUUAUCGAGUUAAUUACAGCUUAAAAAUUAAUUAAUCGUAAUUAAUCACAAUUAAUUGCAAUUCAAAACAUCUCUAAAAUAUGCCAUAUUUUUCUGUAAAUUAUUGUUGGAAUGGAAAGACACAUGACGGAUAUAUACAUACAACAUACUGAACAUAAGUACUGAAUUUGUUUAUUGUAACAAUAAAUCCACAAAUGGCAUUAUUAACAUUCUUUCUGUUAAAGUGAUCCACGGAUAGAAAGACUUGUAGUUCUUAAAAGAUAAUUGUUAUAGUUACAAGUUAUAGUAAUUUUAUAUUAAAACCCCUCUUCAUAUUUUCGUUUUAAUACAAUUUGUAAAAUUUUCAAUCAAUAGUAGAGUUAAUAUAAUAAUAAUAGGAAUAAAAAUAACAAUAAUAAAAAUAGAGUGACCAAAGUCUAAGUUUUACGUGUAUUUUGCAUAGCUAUUUUGAUAUGGAAUGCCAGUUCAUUUUCCAUUGUUGUUUAACUGUGUGUCAGAAUGGGGCUUCAUUACUAUAGACUGAAGUGCUUUUCUUUUUGUGAACAUUAUUUUUUUGGGGAGAGAUAGGAAUAUUAUUUUUGUUGUGCUUAUCUUACCCAAAAUACAACAAGAGACACAUAAUUGCCACUAAAAGAAAGAAAACUUACCGAAAUAUGUGUGGAGCACAAAUAGCAAUUUGCAUUGCAUUGUGAAUACAGCAUGAACGUCUCACAACUACUGAUUCUCCCACAUUUAGAAGAAUUAACAUGAGUAUGGAAUGGCGCUGCCCCCAAGCGGCUGGUGGCGUUCUCUUCUCUCUUAAUGUCCAUAAACGGCCUCAUUGUAAUCUGUUUGAGGCAAUGUGCAAGCGGGUCAUUUAGUGCAUGCGUUAAUUGCGUCAAAUAUUUUAGCGUGAUAAAUUUUAAAAAAUUAAUUAACGCCCGUUAACGCGAUAAUUUUGACAGCCCUAAUAAUUAUAUUAUAUAUAGAUUAUUUUAUUAAAUAAAAAUGCACGUUGAU